CAGAGCAAGGUUGGCCUAAAGAGAAGGGAGUGUAAUGUCACAUGUCACAUGAUGGCCGACUGAUGACAGAGCAACAUGGACUUACCUGAAGCUUCUCAAUCAGAGCUGAGUUCCUCUUGACUUUUACUGGAGAGGUGACACCUGCAGACAUCUGGCACGUACAGAUUUUACAUAUUAAAUGUAUCAUUUCAGAUUUUUCAAUUUUUAUCAACAAAAAUCUGGCCGCACAGUGGCCCAGCGGUUAGCAUGUUGCCCGCACAGUAUUUUGUAUUUGUAUCAGAAAUUUGUAUUUCUGAUGAACAGCUCUGUGUGGAGUUUGCAUGUUCUGUCCGUGCGUGCGUCGGUUUUCUCUGGGCACUCACAUUCCAAAAUCAUGUUAGACUAAUUGGAGUGAAUGUGCAUGUGAAUGGUUUGUCUAUAUGUGCCCUGCCAGGAUUGACAGGCGAUUGAUCCAAGGUGUACCCCACCUCUCGCCUGAAGCCAGCUGGAAUAGGCUCCAGCCGACCCGUGACCCCAGUGAUGACAAGCAUAUAGUUCCACUUUUUUUUGAUAAUUAUAUUUGGCUUUUUUAUGUGUAAUACAGCAUUUAAUGAUCGAAUCAUUUUUUAUUUGAAAUACAACAUGUCUUAUACGUUAAUAUUGAUAGAAAAGAGACUUGGAACGGGGUGGAAAAUGGAAAAACAAGAAAAAAAAUCCCCAAAUUUUGGGCUACGUGCUUAAUCUAUUAAUAAUUCUUAGUUUGUAAAUGAAAAGAUGUAAUACAUGAAUAUAAUAAAGUAAACUAAAUUAUACGUAUUUUCAGAUUUGUUUAAAGUAUGAUUAUUAUGAAUAAUACAAAUGAUUUGCAAUAUUUAAAAUGUUGAUAAAUGUAUUCUAAAUAUAAUCUACUUUUGUGAUGUAGAAAGUAAACUAUUAGAAGUAAAACCAAUAGUUACUCAUGUUUGCUGUUAUUUGUGUAGUUAACAUGAUUAUCGAAGGGUGGUUAAUUCAAUUUUGGUGCAGAGUAGAUCAUUUGUUGACAACAUUGCUGACCUCCCUUUCGUCUCCAUGGAUUUUGGGCAGUUGCAAGGAGCGAGGAGGUCGACGUCUCACAGGCCUUUCCUGAAAAAGAGAAAUCAUUUAUCCUAACUCAGUUAGCAGCAUCUUGUGUAGGAGAUGAUGAACCUUUGAACCUUCCGGCAAGUUCAGCCACUGAGGGUCGUGACAGAGCCUCCUCCUAAGGAAGGAAGGAAGGAAGGGAGGGAAGCUGUAAUGAUUCAAGGGUCCAGCAAACUCUGCUCAGCCCUCUGAAGACCCUCCAAAUCCUUCAUCAGCUUGCCCAGGUCGUCUCUGGACUUCCUCGUCUGGACGUACGCGAACCAGCAUCCGCCUAGCGCCGCCAGGAUGGACACACCCAGAACCAGCAUCUGUCGCGUUGGACAAGUACAGAGUUCCAGUUUGUGUGUAGAAGCCAAUCUACAUCAUCCCCCGUCCAUCCAGAGCCAGACGAUGGGACGUAAUGAGUCUCUGAACAAUUAAUCGAAUCCAAUCAGGCGGAAGGGUUCUGAAGGGGUCAGAGGUCAUCAUGCAAACCAUAAAGUGUGUGGUCGUCGGCGACGGCGCUGUGGGAAAGACUUGCCUCCUCAUCUCCUACACCACUGGAGCCUUUCCCAAAGAGUACAUCCCCACGGUGUUUGACAACUACAGCAGCCAGAUAACAGUGGACAGCAGAAUCAUCAGUCUAAACCUGUGGGACACGGCAGGCCAAGAGGAGUACGACCGCCUGAGGACGCUGUCUUACCCUCAGACCAACGUCUUCAUCAUCUGCUUCUCCAUCUCAAGCCCCGCCUCCUACGAGAAUGUCAAACACAAAUGGCACCCUGAGGUGUCACAUCACUGUCCCGGCGUCCCCAUCCUCUUGGUGGGCACCAAGAGCGACCUCCGAAACGACGCGGAGAUCCAGAGGAAGCUGAAGGAGCAGAACCAGGCGCCCAUCACUCACCACCAGGGCGCCACCCUCGCUCGGCAGAUCCACGCCCUCCGCUACCUGGAGUGCUCCGCCCUGAACCAGGACGGCAUUAAGGACGUGUUCACUGAAGCCGUGAGGGCGUUCCUCAACCCCGAGCCUGUCGUCAGCAAGAAACCUUGCGUGCUGCUCUAGGAACAAAAUGCCAGCUGGACCGAACAGGGCUGAUUUAUGCUUCAGAGACUUCAUUUUUUAGUUUAAAAAAUGUGAUCACAUUGAGUAACUGUUUUGUGUUUAAAAAAAAAAGGGAAGGCUCUUCCAGACCUCCUUUGAUGGGAUUAAAACUGAAAGAUGAGAAUGCUGAAGACU